AUGGACGGAGAACCGUUCAUAGCAGACGUCAGGGUGAACGGCACAGACUUCGUGCCAUCUCUUGUCGACUAUGGCUGCCUCUGCUACGGCGCGGUUAGCAAGCGCACAUUUCACUCUCUCCAGUUGCCACAUAUACGCGUCCAGCCGCGCAUCUUGGAGAAUGCAGCGGGAGACGGCAAGGAGGUCAAAAUCGACAAGAUCACGUAUGUGUCGAUCGACCUCGAUGGACAUCAGCAGCAUCGUGUUUUCAUGUACGUCAUCGACGAUCUGAACUGGGAUAUGAUCCUGGGUAAACGAUGGAUGGAAGACCAGGAUGUUCACAUCCAUGCGAAGGAAGGAUAUCUCGAGAUCGGGUCCAAUGGAGUUCAAGUACGAGACCGACGACGUUACCAGCCUCCACAGCUAGAUGUCUCUAAUGUCAUGGCCGCAACCUUUUUAGCAGAAGCACGCCGUGACAAACGCAAAGGCGGCAUUGGAGUUCACUCGGUCACGAUGGCGGAUAUUGACAAGGCCCUAAGACCGAAACCGAAGACUGACGUAAUGGAGAAGCUGCCACCACAGUACCACAAGUGGUCUCGAGCUUUCUCUCAGCAACUGGCCGACCAGCUGCCCCCUCAUCGGCCAGGUGUGGACCUGAAGAUCGAAGUGCUGAAAGACGAGCAUGGCCGAGAGAAGCCCCUACCCUGGGGACCGCUUUACAGCAUGUCCCGCGAGGAGCUAUUGGUACUACGGAAGACUCUCACAGAACUACUCGACAAGGGAUUUAUUAGAGUCAGCAGCUCGCCAGCCGCGGCACCAGUCCUUAUGAGGGACCGCUAUCCCUUGCCCUUACUGAGCGAGACCUUGCGAACGAUAGCCAAGGCAAGGUGGUUCACCAAGACAACUUUCAGAACGCGCUAUGGAUCCUUCGAAUGGCUGGUAGUUCCAUUCGGCCUGACAGGCGCACCAGCAGCCUUUCAGCGGUACAUUAACAGCGCGCUCCAGGAUUACCUAGACGAUUUUGUGUCAGCAUAUAUCGACGAUGUCCUGAUCUUCUCCUCUGGAAGCCUGCAAGACCACCGCGACAAGGUCGGCAAGGUCCUCCAACGACUGAUGGACGCCGGGCUGCAACUGGAUAUCAACAAGAGUGAAUUCGAAGUCAAGGCUGUGAAAUACCUUGGGUUUAUCAUCGAGGCGGAGUGUGGGAUCCGAGUCGACCCUGAGAAGGUUGAGGCUGUGAAGGAAUGGGCAACCCCGACGAAUGUUAAGACGCCAUUCCGUUGGGAUGAAUUGUGCGAAGAAGCCUUCGAGAAGCUCAAGGACUUGUUGAUCACGGCCCCGAUCCUUGCACACUUCCAUCCAGAAAGGAGACUAUCGUGGAAGCAGACGCUUCAGGAUUCGCCCGAAGCGAACUACGCUAUCCAUGACAAGGAGCUACUCGCCAUUCUCAGAUGUUUGGAGCAGUGGGAACCAGAGCUACGGGCAGUAGAGCACUUCAAGAUCCUAACGGACCACAAGAACCUGAGGUACUUCUACUCGGAAAGGAGGUUGACAGAGAGACAAGUGCGGUGGUCGGAGUUCCUGUCCAGGUUCCAAUUCGAGCUCGAAUGGAGGCCGGGCCGCAAGGGCGGAUUGCCUGACGCACUCUCGACGGGACCAGGAUAUGCCGGCCAACUACUCCGAUGA